GUGUUUCCGGCUUUUCCCAGUCGCAGACGCUCGGAACUUUUCGGCAGUUUCCGGGAAGACUCGGGGGCUCCGCGCCUCGCAUGCUCUGUUCCGAAAGCCUGGCGCGGCGGGGCAGGGUCUCGGGCUAGUCAUGGCGUCCCCGUCUCGGAGGCUGCAGACCAAACCCGUCAUCACUUGUUUCAAGAGCGUCCUCUUGAUCUACACAUUCAUCUUUUGGAUCACUGGUGUUAUCCUUCUUGCCGUUGGCAUUUGGGGCAAGGUGAGCCUAGAGAAUUAUUUUUCUCUUUUAAAUGAAAAGGCCACCAAUGUCCCCUUCGUGCUCAUUGGCACUGGCACUGUCAUUAUUCUUUUGGGCACCUUCGGCUGUUUUGCUACCUGCCGAGCUUCUGCAUGGAUGCUAAAACUGUAUGCAAUGUUUCUGACUCUCAUUUUUUUGGUUGAACUGGUCGCUGCCAUUGUAGGAUUUGUUUUCAGACAUGAGAUUAAGAACAGCUUUAAGAAUAAUUAUCAGAAAGCUUUAAAGCAGUAUAACACUACGGGAGAUUAUAGAAGCGAUGCAGUAGACAAGAUCCAAAAUACGUUGCAUUGUUGUGGUGUCACCGACUAUAGGGAUUGGAUGGAUACUAAUUAUUACUCAGAAAAAGGAUUUCCCAAGAGCUGCUGUAAACUUGAAGAUUGUUCUCCUCAGAGAGAUGCAGAUAAAGUAAACAAUGAAGGUUGUUUUAUAAAGGUGAUGACCAUUAUAGAGUCAGAAAUGGGAGUUGUUGCGGGAAUUUCUUUUGGAGUUGCUUGCUUCCAGCUGAUUGGAAUCUUUCUAGCCUACUGCCUCUCUCGCGCCAUAACAAACAACCAGUAUGAGAUAGUGUAACCAGCAUAACACGGGCCUAUUCCUCUCCAACUUUAAGGAUAUUAACAUCCCUACCCCCAACCCUGUGAAUUACAAGAUCGCCUGGCUGGAAGACUGACAUUUCCUACAGAUAGCUUGAAAACCUACACCAGUAGUCUGAUUCGAUCAAGACAUUUGCUUGAUAUGUUCAAAGUCCACCUUUUGUCCCAUUCACGUUAGAUCCUUGAAAUCUCCAUAUCUGAAACACUGGAAGAGCUUAGUAAAUUGUAAAUGAAGCAA